AUUGCGCCCAGCACAUGGCUUACGUGAAAUUCAUUCGUCGAUUUUGGUGAUAAUUCUCCACCAUGUCAGCACUACUCCUCUUCGCGAUCAGCACUGUCAGCAGCCUGAGCAGCAUCAGUACCGCGCUACCGCAGAAGCCUAACCUGGAUGUCAUACUCAACAGAAGGACCGAUGUCUACAUCGCUGGCUUCUUUCCAUUCGGGAAAGGAGUCGAGAAUUCCAAUACUGUAGGUCGCGGGGUGAUGCCGAGUGUGAAGCUGGCGCUAGACCACGUCAACGAGCACGAUGCUGUGCUCAGGAACUACCGGCUACAUAUGUGGUGGAAUGAUACUGAAUGUAACGCAGCAGUAGGUGUGAAGUCGUUCUUCGACAUGAUGCACAGCGGACCACACAAGUUGAUGCUGUUCGGUGCUGCGUGCACACACGUGACUGAUCCUAUCGCGAAGGCAUCCAAGCAUUGGCAUCUUACGCAGUUAUCAUACGCAGACACGCAUCCUAUGUUUACAAAGGAGGCAUUCCCUAACUUCUUUCGCAUCGUGCCAUCGGAAAACGCCUUCAACGCGCCGAGAAUCCGGCUGCUACAGCAUUUCAACUGGACCAGGGUUGGAACUAUCUAUCAAAACGAGCCGAGAUAUGCUUUGGCCCAUAACCGUCUAGUAGCGGAAUUAGAUACAGCAGGUUUCGACAUAGCGGAAACCCAGAGCUUCGCCACAGAAGUCAGGACUGCAUUGACCAAGCUCAAGGAGAAGGACAUCAGGAUCAUUCUGGGGAAUUUCAACGAGACUUGGGCUAUUAAGAUCUUCUGUGAGGCUUACCAGCUAGAAAUGUACGGGAGAGCAUACACAUGGCUCCUGCAAGGCACUUACAGCGAAAAGUGGUGGUUACGUCGAGCUCCCUGCUCGAAGAAAGAUCUUUCCACGUCUUUGGACACUGCCAUACUGACGGAUCUUCUACCUUUGUCUACCACAGGGGAGACUACUGUUUCCGGAAUAACAGCGAAAGAUUAUCAAAUCGAAUACGAUCGAAGAAGAGGCAUCGAAUAUUCUAGAUUUCAUGGUUACACUUAUGAUGGAAUUUGGGCAAUGGCCCUAGCCAUACAGACCGUCGCACAACGAGUGAAGUUAAAGCACAAGGAGAAGACUGUACAGGACUUCCGAUAUCGAGAUAAAGAGUGGGAACAGUUAUUCUUGGAUGCUUUGAGCAAUGUGUCCUUUGAGGGAGUCACGGGACCUGUACGUUUCUAUGACAACGAGCGCAAAGCGUCUAUUCUACUGAAACAGUUUCAAGGAGACCAUGUGGGAGAAGUAAAAGUGGGAGAGUAUUGCGCUGAAAGAGACCACCUGGAUCUUACCAUCGGCGAAAAUUUUAAAUGGAUUGGAAAGAAUCCGCCAAAAGAUCGCACAUUGCGUCUCAUCGAACACACACAAGUGAAUAUUACCAUUUACUCUGUAUUAGUUUCCUGUUCCAUUUUAGGGAUAUUACUCGCAACCGGGUUUUUGGCUAUGAACAUACACUAUAGGAAUCAAAGGUAUAUAAAGAUGUCAUCGCCGCAUUUGAAUAACCUGAUCAUCAUUGGCUGCAUGCUCACGUACUUGAGCGUCAUCUUCCUUGGCCUUGACUCCAGUCUCAGCAGCAUCGGUCUUUCUCAGGAAACAGAGCGUGGAGCUGCUUUCCCGUACAUCUGCACAGCGAGAGCCUGGCUUCUGAUGGCCGGCUUCAGCUUGGCCUUUGGCGCUAUGUUUUCCAAGACUUGGCGAGUUCAUUCAAUCUUCACCGACGUUAAGUUGAACAAAAAGGUCAUCAAAGACUAUCAGCUUUUUAUGGUGGUGGGCGUGCUGUUAUGCGUUGAUCUUGCCAUCAUGACUACUUGGCAGGUCUCUGAUCCAUUCUACAGAGCUACCAAACAACUAGAACCUUAUCCGCACCCAUCCAGCGAAGACAUAGUAAUAGUACAAGAGAAUGAAUACUGCCAGUCCGAAAGAAUGUCUAUAUUCAUAGGCAUUAUAUACGCUUACAAGGGUCUACUAUUAGUAUUCGGAGCAUUUCUUGCUUGGGAAACGAGACACGUUUCCAUCCCGGCUUUGAACGAUUCAAAGCAUAUCGGCUUAUCAGUCUAUAAUGUGCUUAUCAUGUGUAUUAUGGGUGCCGCAAUUGCGCUGGUUUUGACGGACCACAAAGAUGCGUUAUUUGUGCUUAUUGCCAUCUUCAUAAUUUUCUGCACUACUGCUACUUUGUGUUUAGUGUUUGUACCAAAGCUUCUUGAGCUCCGACGAAACGGUCAACCAGGUGCAGCUCCAUCUCGCAUUAGGGCAACUCUUCGACCAGCUUCCACUCAUGAAUGCCGAUCGCCAGGACCUGAAUUAGAAAGACGGAUGAAAGAACUCAGGCAGUAUAAUAACCGAUAUAGAAGAACUUUACAGGCGAAGGAGAACGAACUUCAGAUGUUACUGAGCAAACUUGGUGAAGACGUUCGAUCUGACUCAUCCACUCGAGGCGACUCCCGCUCGCCAGCUACGCAACGAACAAGACUGCCUCUACCGAAAGACAACAUCAGCCAUCCAGAAACCAGUGAUAUAACUUCGGUGUGUAGCCUCAGUGCUUCAGCUGGCGCGGAGGCUGAAUACAUCAAUUUACAGAACCAGACUGAUAGACCAAAACCAUCUGCACCUCCAGAACCUAUAAAAGAAGCAAAAGAACCACCUAAAGAGCCCAAAAAAGAACAAACAAAGAAUGUAUCAUUCAAGAACCACUUAGAUUACACUAGCCCACCGUCAUCUAAACCUGUUUUAGAAAAAGAUCAACUCGCAAAGUUGCCGUAUGGUUGGACAGCGGAGGAACCCUCAGAGCCUCCUAAACCUGCAACCAAAACCCCAGAACCAGCGAAAGCGGAAGCAAAGACUAUUCCAGCACUGAAACAAAGCGUCACGCCCACUGCCAAGUCUGAACCUGCCAAGGUCCAGGAACCAAUGUAUACUAAAGCAGCCACACCUAAAGUUAAUAAGACUCCAGAACUGCAAAAGAAGACUGUAAAAACCCAGGAGUCAGCACCUCGGGACCCAAGAGACUUCAAGACAGGUCCUCGAAGUCACAGAAGAAUGUCCAGUGUCAGUCAAGCUGCUUUGCUAACUGACCUAAUGCAUGUAUCCGUGGACCAGGACGAUGUGGAGCCGCCCCCAGGGAUGGAGAGGAAGGUUAUAGGGCAAGAAAGGGACCCGACUCCGCCAGUGAAGCCUAAACAAGAACCCGAAGAUAUUUUGGAUUUAGACCGUGAUUACUCGACAGCUGAGAGAAAGAAAGCUUGUCAGAGAAGAGAUUCAGAGAAGAGAAAGAAGGAGAAUUACAUAGUGGUCCAGAGCGAUUUGUGGGACACUAAUACAUUCCAGUACACCUGCCAAAAGUCACCACCAGGGCAUCAUCAUUCACCAAUGCAAAGAAGUGUAUCAGAGAAAAGCCGCCAACAAUCAUCCCCACAUCAUCACAGCAGGGAAGUGGACAGCAGAAGCUUGGAGAGGAGAGCUUCGAACGCUUCUAUUAAUUAUGCGGGCACAACGAGAGGAGGCACUCCUGAAGGAUAUCGGGAAGCCGAAACCCUCAAGAUGACCGACAAAUUGUCAAAGAGGCGAGGGUCAGAGUUUCCGCAGCCAGUAAGCACUCCACCACAUCAAAUUCAAACUAAAAGAAGACAGUCUUCAGCACAAGUGCGAUCUUACCAAGAAGAAAGGGAAAAGACAGAUAAGUCAGACACUCGCCGUCACGAUGACAUCCCAAGAAAACCCCUCAUGGAAAUCAGACCGGAACCUAAAGAAGCUGACUCUUGGCGACCAGACCCUGACACUAUCAGGGUCGCAAAAAGUCAAGAUUCACCUGCAAAAAGGCUUAGGCAAGAGGCAGAACCUCUGAAAAGAGCAAAAGGCGUAGGAGAUUCACCUAGAUUGACGCAAGCACAAAGUCAAGUGAAGCAAGUUAGGCCAAAUCAUCAUAAAAGCAGCCCCAAUGUUGCCUCAAGAAAUAAAUCUGAUUCCCCAAACAAAAGGGAAGAACGUAAAUCUGCGAACUACAGUAGAAGCGAUUCUAAACGCCAAGACUCUACGGACCAAAGGAAGAUGUAUACAGCUAGCUCAGAGUCUGAACUUUUCGAAUGUGCAAUUUUGCCUAUCUUCCAUAAACUUCUCACUGAAAGACAUAAAAGUCAGCCACACAGCUUGAAUUUAAGCUACGGAGUCAGUUGUCCUAAUAUUUCUAUUAAAUGUGACAUUGUAGAGUAUUUGUAAUAAAAACUAACUAGAAAAUGUAAUUGGCCUACAUGGAUAAACAGGUAAAGAAAAAUUUUGAACGCUGAAUGAUUAUGUAACGCUGUAUGUAUGUGAAUAGUUAAUGUUACCAUUUAUGAACAUUUAAUGCAAUUAAUUUAAUAAUUAGGGAAAAAAUACAUUAGAGGAUUUAAUUCCUAGAAUAGUUUGUUAGUAGAAUGUUAAAAUUAAGUGUAAUUUGGAAUUAAAUCUAAUUCUCAACGACAAGUUCGCUCACGGGUCUCAUCUUAGUGUAAAAAUCUAAAAUAAAUUCUAAAAUAUUAAAUGUUUACUUCUUUUACAUCGAAUGUGUAAAACUUUUAUGAAAUGUAUUCAGCACAAUUUUUGUACCUCUAUUGCGCACAUUUUGUGUGGUAUACUUCAAUUAUUUACUUGGGAUUUAAACUCUAAUUCUCUGUUGUGAUACUCCUA